UCUCAGGCGACCUGCUCGGUCUGCACGCGGAAGCUGGGCCAUAGACAGUUUUCCCCCAGUGAGCUGCCUCUAAGAUCCCCUCCCGCUGGAACCUGUUCCCUGCAAGCCACUAAGUCCACAGAGCUCUCUGGAUUAGAUCCAGGAAGGCAGAGCUUGGCUGUUUCCGGGUCCCGGCGAGACGAAGGUCCUGGGCUGGAUCCGUGGCUGCACUGCUCUGAAGAGCAAAGCACUCGGGUCGGCCUGAGUGUGCGCACCACAGCCCUGCUCCAGCGCAAAGUCCUGCGAAGCGGCCGCCUCCAUUUCCUACUGUCGGUGAAGGCAGUCCUUCCGCACCCUGCUGCCAUGGACUUGGAGCUCUACCUGAACCUGCUGUCGCAGCCCUGCCGCGCUGUCUACAUCUUCGCCAAGAAGAACGGCAUCCCCUUCAAGAUGCAUAACAUGGACAUACUAAAAGGGCAGCUCAUGAGCGAGCAAUUCUCCCAGGUGAACUCCCUUCGGAAAAUUCCUGUCCUCAAAGACGGAAACUUCGUGUUAACCGAAAGCUCGGCCAUCUUGAUUUACCUGAGUUCCAAGUACCAGGUGGCGGACCACUGGUACCCAGCAGACCCGCAGGCCCGUGCCCGAGUCCAUGAGUACCUGGGCUGGCAUGCUGACAACAUCCGUAGCACGUUUGGAGUGCUCCUGUGGGCCAAGGUGUUGGGGCCACUCAUUGGGAUCCAGGUUCCCGAGGAGAAGGUAGAACGGAACAGAGAGCAGAUGGUCCUGGCUCUGCAGUGUCUGGAGGAAAAGUUCCUCGGGGACAGGGCCUUCCUUACUGGCCAUCAGGUGACACUGGCCGAUCUCAUGUCUCUGGAGGAGCUGAUGCAGCCCGUGGCUCUUGGCUGUAACCUGUUUGAGGGACGGCCUCGACUGUCGGCAUGGCGAGAUCGGGUGGAGGCAUUCUUGGGUGCUGAGCUGUGUCAGGAGGCCCAUGGCCUCAUCCUGAGCAUCCUGGAAGACGCAGCCAAGAAAAGGCUAGCAGUACCUCCUCCAGAGUUCCAAGCCAGCAUGCUGAGUCGAAUUGCUAGGAUUCCAUGAGUGAUCUGACCAGCAAUAAAGACUCAUUUUGUUUCUUGA